GAUCUGAGAACUGACCUCUAUCCCUAUGGAAGGAGAGUUAUCCUCCGUGACCACACAUAUGGAAGUGACACUUCUUAAGUGUUUUGUCCAUUGCUCUGCGGGCACAGGGAACUGUGCUUCAGCAGCUCACAGCAUUGCUAAGUAGUAGCUCCUGUAUGCUUCCUCAGCCCAUAGAGAGGAGUUAUCCUCCCUCCCAGCAGUAGCACAACAUAAGGUAAUAGAACAGACACACACACACAAAUCAUCUGGCAGUAAAUGAGCCGUCCCUCUCAGGUAGAGCUGUGCGUGUGCCCGGUCUCCUGCGCAUUGUGUAGUCUGUAACAUUCCACAUUACAGCAACGUGCUAUACAUUACCUGCAGUAUCAAAUCUGCAGGAAUAGGGGGUGUCUACCAAAUCCCUCACAUGAUGCUCAAGUAGCAGAGAGAGCAGAGCAAGCCAAAGCCUCCCCCAGCUCCCCACCCAUGCCAGGCACGGCAUGUCUGCAGCCAGGUUACCCCUUGCCCCCAGCCGCAGCAUAUAGAGUCAUCCUCCUCUGUCUGGCCCGCUGGAUCGCUCAGCGUUACCCGUUCUAAUAGUGGGGGGGAGGGACUCGGGCUGGAGAGAGGAGACAUUGCAGCAUUGACCAAUCUACAAGACCAGGGUGGGCUCCUCGGCUGCGGCAGUGCGGCGAAUGACACGGAAACUUCUCUCGUUUCCACCCAAGAUGAGGCACCAGAAAGAGAUGUGAUUGUAAGGCAAUUAGCAUCCCAUGUCCUGGAGAAGUGUGCCUGCAUACUGCUAUACCAGAAGAUUAACCCUAUGUGGCUUGGUUUCCAGUUCGCAGCAUGGGGGAACGUUGACCUACAGCCCAUCAGUCAUGAUGGUCCUGGAGCAUCCUUCAGAGAGUCCAACCCUUUUUCGGACAUAGCCAUGAACAGCUGCAGAUACAACGGGGGUAUCCCAAGACCCCUUAGCAGCCUGAGCUCCUCCAGAAGAAACCUCCACGAACCAGACCCAGAGACCCAACCUCUGCAGACCCUGCACAGCCCAGGAAUUGAAGUGGUUGUAAGCAAAAACGAUCCCAUCAAAGCAUCACACCGCAGCCUACGAGGAGGGGACGAAGGUAGCCACCGGGGCCAAAAGAAGAACCAAAACGUAGGCUACAAACUGGGUCAUCGCAGAGCCCUUUUUGAGAAGAGGAAAAGGCUCAGUGAUUACGCACUCAUAUUCGGGAUGUUUGGUAUUGUGGUCAUGGUCACCGAGACAGAGCUGUCCUGGGGGGUCUACACUAAGGAAUCCUCUUACUCAUUUGCACUGAAAUGCCUUAUCAGCCUCUCAACUGCUAUCCUGCUUGGACUCAUUAUCAUGUACCACGCCAGAGAGAUCCAGCUUUUCAUGGUGGACAAUGGAGCGGAUGAUUGGAGAAUAGCCAUGACCUACGAACGGAUAUUUUUCAUCACCCUAGAGUUAACCGUGUGUGCCAUCCAUCCCAUUCCUGGACAGUACUCCUUUACCUGGACAGCCCGUCUGGCCUUCUACUAUACCACCUCUGUAGCCAAUGCUGACAUAGACAUCAUUUUAUCCAUCCCCAUGUUUUUGAGGCUAUACCUAAUUGGACGAGUUAUGCUCCUUCAUAGCAAGCUCUUCACUGAUGCCUCUUCAAGGAGCAUUGGUGCACUCAAUAAGAUUAAUUUCAAUACUCGCUUUGUAAUGAAGACACUUAUGACCAUCUGCCCGGGCACUGUACUUCUGGUUUUCAGUAUCUCGUCCUGGAUCAUUGCGGCAUGGACAGUUCGAGUUUGUGAGAGGUACCAUGACAAACAGGAGGUGACCAGUAACUUCCUGGGUGCCAUGUGGCUCAUUUCAAUAACGUUCCUGUCCAUUGGUUAUGGAGACAUGGUGCCCAAUACAUAUUGUGGAAAGGGAGUCUGUCUGCUGACUGGCAUCAUGGGUGCAGGCUGCACAGCUCUGGUUGUUGCUGUUGUUGCGAGAAAGUUGGAACUCACCAAAGCUGAGAAACACGUACACAACUUUAUGAUGGACACACAACUUUCAAAGCGGGUGAAAAAUGCAGCUGCCAAUGUGCUCAGGGAAACGUGGCUCAUUUAUAAACACACAAAACUCGUGAGGAAAAUCGACCAUGCUAAAGUACGCAAACAUCAACGCAAGUUCCUGCAAGCAAUUCACUUGUUACGCAGUGUGAAAAUGGAGCAGAGGAAGCUCAAUGAUCAGGCCAACACUCUGGUGGAUUUAGCAAAGACACAGAAUGUGAUGUAUGACCUAAUGUCUGAACUUCAAGAACGUAAUGAUGACCUUGAGAAGAGAAUUAUGACCCUGGAAACCAAGAUUGACUCCCUAAAUGGCUCUUUACAUGCUCUUCCGGGGCUAAUUGCUCAGGCUCUGCUCCGAGAGCAGGGAGAACUCUUCCUCCUACGUUCCCAUAGACCCUUCCCUCCAUCUAACAGCUCGGACAAUUCAUGGAGCCCCCCAAGGAGACGUACCUCUCCUUCCACUGCCCCGCACACCUCUUCAGACAGCGGCUGAGGAGGGAAGAGGACAGGUGGAGACCAGGGUGGGAGUGGUGGAGUGAGGACUUAACAAGCUCACCUUUUAUCCAUAGCCACUAUGUGGUUUGAUUAUGUCAGCUUUUUUUCUUAAAAGCCUUGGAUAUUUGUUAACCCCUGAGGGUUCUUUGAAAAUGCUGGAGUGAAAGUUCUAUCAAAAAUGAAAAAAUAUAUAUCUAAAAAUGUUUGUGUAAACACGCACACGAGAGUACGCGCAGUGGCGCGAUUAUCCCUCUCUCUGCCACAGGCUGACCCUGUGCAUUGAUGGGGAGUAGUCCAGUCUAGAUAGGUUUCUAAAUCAGUCUGCUAAAAACUGUCCCAAAUUGUAUUUAUUUUCUUUAAAAGAGUUUUUAGGGCUGUCUGCCUUGUGUUUUCUUAUUAAUAAGACAAACACCUCUGUUCCUAGCCUCGCAGCUUUGAGUUUUUAAAUAGUGAUUGGCAGUCAGCCAUAUUUUUUUAAAAACCCCUGUCCAAAGAAAUGAAAUAUUAUCAUAAUUAAUAUAUUUUAAAGAGCCACAUAUGAAUGGGGUGGGACUGCAUGUAACCUUUGAUUGUCAGAGGGAUUUGCAACAUUCAUUGGACAAGAAGGGGUUAAGUCGUAAGUGGGCCUUAAGUUGGUCUUCAAUGUACGUGUGUGUGUGUUUACAUGUAUAUGUAUAUAUAAAUAUAUCCAUAUAUAUUUAUAUAUAUAGAAGUAUACAAGAGAGAAAACCUGUAUUUUUUUAAACUUGCGUUACUGGAGUGGUGUAAUAUGUACCAGUGUUACUGCCCCACUGGGUGGCAAGAAAUUUUGUAGAGGGGCCUAGGUGGAUGGUGUAUGAGAUUGGCAUCUGGUUCUUUAAAAAAAAUAACUAUGAGAUCUAUUCAGGAAGCAGUGAAAAGAGUAGGGAAAUGAGCCAGUGAAGUGGAGGCAUCAGCUGCUACGUAUAAUUUUAUAGAAUGCACUUGAUAAAUGUUACAUCAAAACUGUGUGGUUGCUAUGGGCAACUUUUCCACUGGCUCACUUGUCUACUCUUUCACUGCUUCAUAAGUAGAGCUAAUAAAGAGAGUAUUAAAUAGUAAAGAAAUGCUGAAUCACAAUAUACUCUACAUUUAUUGUAUUGAUUUCAAGACAUUUCUAUCCAAACUUUGAGGAGGAGGGCAUGUGAUAUAAUACAUUAGAUGCUAUCAAGGUCCCCAUGAUGUUGGUGGCCACUAAAAAGCCAAUUUGACAACCCUGUCAUUAGCAACCUACAAAGUGAUCUAUAGACUAGAACGGGCAUGUCAAACUUGUGGCUCUCCAGCUGUUGUGAACCUACAAGUCCGAGCCUACUUUACCAGCUGAUCAGUGUCAAGUAUGCUGAGACUUGUAGUUUCACAACAGCUAGAGGGCCACAAGAUUGACAUGCCUGGACUAGAACCUAUUAUCUCACAUUGAGCGAGCUGUCCUAAGCCUUGGAUGGGGGGUGCAGUGGAAAGAGAUAAAGUACAAGCCAAACAGCUCCUAACUGCCAUGUUACAGGGGGUGUUUUAAAAUUGGCAGUUAGGAGCUGAUUGGCUGGUACUUUGGGGUCUAUUUACUGAACAUUGGAUGGAGAUAAAGUGGACGGAGAUAAAGUACCAGACAAUCAGCUCCUAACUGUCAUUUUUCAAACCCUGGGGCAGAUGUAUUAA